UCACAGCUGUUUAGACUAUUCUUUUUUUUUAUGUCCAGCAUUGAAGAAGAAAUUUAUGACACCUCAAUUAAUAAAACAUGGUUUAUUAAUUUAUUGGAUAAGUAUAAAAGGAUCAUCGAGACGAAAGAACUUCCAGGCCACAUUAUAACCCAUCACAGUCAAUUCUAUGUUCCCAUAAUAUUUCGCACUAAACAGACUGAAAGUGAGAAUCUUGAAGUAGAUUAUAAUGAUGAUGAAAACGAAAAUCCAUUUUACUCCAACAUUAUACUAAUAUGGGAUUUAUCAAUUAACAAAAACAUAUCUAUCUUGCUGGACGAAAAAAAAUUUCAUAUGACCCUAUCAGAUAUCAUUUCUCAAACGGAUGCGGAUAGGAUUAAAGAAAUAUGUUUAGGUAUUAUAGCAAACAUGAGUUGUGUACCCGAAAUAAACUUCCACCUCAUAUCCAAUCUGGAAUUUACUUUUAUUCAAAUAUUUAGCAAGUUCAUAUUCAGCACAUUCAUAUCAUCGUACGAUACAGGUAUUUUGAACGAAUCUAUUAGAUGUAUGAAUAAUUUUGUGAAUAACGACAAUGGAUAUCAAAAAACAAUUAAAUCAUUUAUUAAUGAACGCGAAUUUAUUGGCAAAUUGAUAUUCGUACAAAAGUAUUCCUCGAAUAGUCUACUUUUGAAAAAUACCGGAGAGUUUAUAUGCAACAUUUUGGAGAAAGAUAUACUACAAAUAAAGGCAUACGGUGGUGGUUCGAAAAUAGGCAUUGAUAAAUUCAAAAACAAAAUCCAUGAAAGUGUAGAUAAAAAUGAUGAUAGCGAUAAAGCGAAUGAAUUAUUAGAAGUCGAAAUAGAUGAUGUUAAGGAUAUUGGAGAAAAUACUUAUCUACUAUUUUUGGAGAGUUCUCUUGAGGCAAUUCAUCAAAUUUUAGUUAAUCAAAAAAUGGAUCCCAUAGAAUGCAAAAAUUAUAUUCAUUCCUUUCAAAUCUUGAUAUCUCAAUGUGACACGAGAGAUAUUCCAGAAUCACUAUUAAAAACUUUUGAGAACUGCGACAUCAGGUAUGAAUAUCUUGUAGAGCCAUUUGCCUCUUACAUUGCGAAAUUUAUCUCGGAGAUUAUGGGCGUUGAUACUUGCUUCAAAAUUAAAAAUAGUAACGAUUGUACUAUGCGGCUUUCAAAAUCCUGUUUAGAUAUGCAACCGACUCUUUUGGCAUGUUUGUUCAUAGUUAGGUGGCUUAUUUUUCAAACAUUCUUUGAUGAAGAAGGUAAAAGUGAUAAUUGCCCCUAUUUUACCGAGGAUAAAUGGAUAAAUUUUGGAAUAAAAUUCGGCAAAUCGGAAAGCUUAAUAAUCGUGCUAAAUCAACUAGAAGAUAUAUAUUCAAAAAUUAAAAACUCAAAAGAUUCUCCAUGUUCAUAUUAUGAAGAAAUUUCUCAAAUUCUUGUUAAAAUUUUAAGUUAAACAACUGUUAAUGUACAUAUUAACUCGCCUUCAAUAUCAUUAAUGUAACCAAUUUUAUUUAU